AUGGCAGUUGGAACGUCCAAGAGGAACGGCGGCCAGCCGAAAGUGAAGGCUCAAACACCGUCCAAGGCCCUUCCAGUCACUCUUCUUUCUGGCUUCCUUGGAAGCGGUAAAACAACACUUCUCCAGCACAUCUUGAAGACCGAACAUGGCCUCCGGAUCGCCGUCGUUGUCAACGACAUCGGAGCCAUCAACGUCGACGCAUCCCUCAUCAAACAAACGCACCGCCUCACCAGGACGGAAGAAAAGGUAAUCGCCCUCCAGAACGGCUGCAUCUGCUGCACCCUCCGGGGCGACCUUCUCGAGGAGCUGUUGCGCCUCGCCGAGCUCGAGCAGUUCGACUACAUCAUCAUCGAGAGCAGCGGCAUCAGCGAGCCCGAGCAGGUUGCCGAGACCUUCGACAAGCGUCUGGCCGAGCAGAUGUCGGCCGUGGCGGGUGGGCCGGAGGGGCUGGAUGAGGAUAUGGUCAAGGUUCUUAAGCGGCUUAAGGCCGCCGGUGGACUCGAGAAGUUUGCCCGCUUGGACACCACCGUGACGGUGAUCGACGCCUUCACGAUAUACAACGACUUCGAGACGGACGACAUGCUCUCCUCGCGUCGCGAGGAUGUCCAGCCGGAAGACGAGCGCACCGUCUCCGAUCUCAUGGUGGACCAGAUCGAGUUUGCCGAUGUCAUCGUCCUCAACAAGAUGGAGAUGGUCGACACCAAGAUGCGGGCUCGUAUCAGAGACUUGCUUAGCAAGUUAAACCAUCGAGCCAAGAUUCUCGAAACCAGCUACGGAAAGAUCGAGGUCAGAGAGAUCAUAAACACGGGCAUCUUCAGCCUGGAGAGGGCACAGACUGGGUACGGAUGGCUCCAGGAUCUUCACGCCAUGACCCUGAGACAGGUACGAGGAUGCGUUGCGGUCAACGGCAAGAAGGUCAUCACCCCCAAGCCCGAAACCGAGGAAUACAAUAUCCGUAACUUCGUCUACACACGCACCCGACCGUUCCACCCCCGCCGCCUCUUCAAGCUGCUCCACGACAAAUUCAUCAUGCAACUCGAAGUCCCCGACGACGACGACGACGACGACGACGAAGACGACGACUCAGACUCCGCAAUGGACUCAGACGCCUCCUCCUCCUCCUCCGACUCCCCAUCCGACACCGACAUGGCCGACGACGACGACGACCCGCUCGACAUGCCGCCCAACGCCACCAUCCUGCGCAACAAGCGCGCCAGCCCCAUCUUCAGCCGGCUCUUCCGCUCCAAGGGCGAGUUCCUGCUCGCCACGCGGCCCCACCGCGCCGGCGAGUGGUCGCAGGCCGGCGCCAUGAUCACGCUGGCGGGCGGCCGGCCCUGGUUCUGCACGCUCCCCGCGGAGCAGUACAUGACGGGGGACGCGGAGGUGGAUCGGCUGGUGCGGUUUGAUAUGGAGAAUGGCGGGGAGUGGGGGGAUCGGAGGCAGGAGCUGGUGUUUAUUGGGGAGGGGUUGGAUGUGCGGGGGUUGGAGGCGGUGUUGGAUGGGUGUUUGUUGACGGAUGAGGAGUUUGGGGCGUGGGAGGGGGUGAUGAGGGAUGGGGGGUUGGAUGAUGGGAAGAGGGUGGAGAAGAUGCAGGAGUUGUUUGAUGAUGGGUUCCCGGACUGGGUGGAGGAUGGGGAGCUUGAGGAUGGGGACGGUCAUGAUGGACAUGACCAUGGCAGUCAUGCCCAUCACCAUCGCCAUUGA